AUGGGAUGGAAGUGGCUGGGCGCGCUGGUGCUGUUCCCGCUCCAGAUGCUCUACCUGGUGGCCAAGGCGGCCGUGGCGCGCGUGCUGCCCGCCAGGCUGCGGGACCUGUCCCGGGAGAACGUGCUCAUCACCGGCGGCGGCAGGGGCAUCGGGCGCCAGCUCGCCCGCGAGUUCGCAGAACGCGGCGCCCGGAAGAUCGUCCUCUGGGGCCGCACCGAGAAGUGCCUGAAGGAGACCACGGAGGAGAUCCGGCAGAUGGGCACCGAGUGCCACUACUUCAUCUGUGACGUGGGCAACCGGGAGGAGGUGUACCAGACGGCCAAGGCCGUGCGGGAGAAGGUGGGUGACAUCACCAUCCUGGUGAACAACGCGGCCGUGGUCCACGGGAAGAGCCUGAUGGACAGCGACGAUGACGCCCUCCUCAAGUCGCAGCACAUCAACACACUGGGCCAGUUCUGGACCACCAAGGCCUUCCUGCCACGCAUGCUGGAGCUGCAGAACGGCCACAUCGUGUGCCUCAACUCGGUGCUGGCGCUGUCCGCCAUCCCCGGCGCCAUCGACUACUGCACGUCCAAGGCCUCGGCCUUCGCCUUCAUGGAGAGUCUGACGCUGGGGCUGCUGGACUGCCCGGGCGUCAGCGCCACCACCGUGCUGCCCUUCCACACCAGCACCGAGAUGUUCCAGGGCAUGAGGGUCAGGUUCCCCAACCUCUUCCCGCCCCUGAAGCCGGAGACGGUGGCCCGGAGGACGGUGGAGGCCGUGCAGCUCAACCAGGCGCUCCUGCUGCUCCCGUGGACGAUGCACGCCCUCAUCAUCUUGAAAAGCAUACUCCCACAGGCUGCGCUGGAGGAGAUACACAGAUUCUCAGGAACCUACACCUGCAUGAACACUUUCAAAGGGCGGACAUAGAGGCGGGACGGAGACACGCUCAACAGCCGCGGAGCCCUCUGGGGCCGUGGCACCCGGACACACACCCGCGCGCCCGCCCCUCGGCACACGUCUGCGGGGCGGGCGGGUCUGUCCUCUCCCCGGGGAGAACCCGGUGCCCCCCGCCGGCCCCAGGACCUUUGCACAGGACUGAUGGGCAUCGCUCUGGCCCCCAGGGGGAGGCGAGACACCAGCCAGCAGCCGCCGUGGCACUUUUGUACAUUUCUGAUUCUGUAGAGUUUAUGGUUAAGUCGCUUCUCAGAACUAACCAGCCGCAGCAGGAUGCAAAGACUUAUCUCUGGGAGGGUCUGUGCUCAGAUGAUCCUCCUCCCCCUCCAAAACCCACUCGUCCUCAGCUUCUGCAAACCGGUGUGGACGGCAGGAAAGAAAAAUAAAGAGAGAUGGCUUUUG